AUGGCCCCAGUCCUCUCACUUCUGGCCGUUGGCCUGAUGGUCAUGGAAGGCGCUCUCGCUCACCCGGGGCACGACGUUGCCCAGGAGGCCGCCGAGCGUGGCAACUGGCUACGCACCCGCAGCCCAAAGUCCGUUCGUGACUGCGCUUCGCAGCUCCGAAAGCGUGGUCACCUCGAGAACUCCAUCGCUCGUCGCCAGGCCAUGGCCGAUAAGGCUCGCGUCAAGAGGAACCUUCCUCAGCUCGUUGCCCGCGACUUUGCUACCUACAAUAUCUCCCACACGUCUGACAAGGACGUCACCCUUGGUGCCGAUGAGCUUGAGCUUUUCGACGACAACUCUAGCUGUGCCCUGCAGCCUGAGGUUACCCAGGGUCCUUACUAUGUGGACGGCGAGCUCAUUCGCAGCGAUAAAACGGAUGGGGAGGCCGGUGUACCACUGUUCUUGGAUGUCCUGAUCAUCGACACGUCGACCUGCGAGCCGAUUCCCGCGGUCUUUAUGGAUGUAUGGCACUGCAACGCUACUGGUGUGUACUCCAGCGUCAGCGCAUCUGGCAACGGUAAUUCGGCUGACACCACCAAUCUCGACAACACCGCCCUCCGUGGCAUCCAGCAGACCGACUUCAACGGCGUUGCUCAGUUCGAGACGAUCGCCCCAGGUCACUACACCGGCCGUGCUCCCCACAUCCACAUCCUGACACACAACACCAACGAGACCAUUAUUCGUACAAACGGCACUCUGCUCGGUAGCAACCAGACUACCUCUGCGUCCCACGUCGGUCAGAUCUUCUUCGACCAGGAUUUGCUCACUGCCGUUUCUGAGACUGCACCAUACAACACCAACACCCAAGAGCUUACCACAAACGCUGAUGACAGCAUCUUGAUCCAGGAGACCGCUGACAUGGACCCCUUCGUCGAGUACGUCUAUGUCAACCCAGAUAACAUUGCUGAUGGCAUCCUUGCCUGGGUCCGCCUUGGUAUCGACCCAACCGCGGACGACAGCAUUAGCUCUGCUGCUGCCAUCUACAAGACUGGCGGUGUCGCCAACGAGAACUCCCACAUGGGUGGUGGACCAGGCGGAGAUAACGAUACCGGCAUGGGUGCUCCCCCAUCAUAG